GAAAAACGCUGCCUGUUCUAUUCCAGUAAGUUAGUAUACGUAAACUACAAGGUCUGAUUAAAGUGUUCGCUUUAGUGGCAAGUAGUAGUAGUAUUUUUUGUUUUCCGACACUUGCUUGUAAGUUGUAUGCGUGACGUAAAGCAGGUGGCCAUACUAUGAACGCGUUCAGCUAAGGCACGCGCAGGUCGUAGCCACAACCCAUCUGUUAAUAUAGCUUGCGCUUGAUCUUGUGUGGCAUAUCGUGAGCACUGUUAUACUGUUCUAUUAUUGUUAUUGUAUAGACGGUACUGUUGCGUCUCUGUGACAAAAACUAAAACGCUUCUGUGACAUUGGAAAUUGUAUAAUUUCAGCAAUGCUUUCGCAGUUUAAGCAGAUUUUUUAUUGUUGAGAAAUCAAACUACAGGCCAAGGGCGUGGACGCUGUUGUCAGAGGUAUAGCAUUAUUUAGGUCUUUUUUUUAAGUUCUAAAGUUGCGUUACCAUGGUGAUCUGUGGUAGUCGACAUAAUGAAGAUGAUGGACGGAUAUUGUUGAAAAGUACGGAACAACUGAAUAAGGAAAAACAAGGAACUGCUUUUCAACAUAUACGAGACAAUAUUGAAGACUUGAAUGGAAGAGUUGGGGCUUGUGACACUGACUUGAUAUUUCUGAAAGGACUUAUGGAUUCACCAGUCAUGAGCUCCUUGAUAAAGGUACAAGACAGACUAGAAGAAAGUAAUGGUGCUAUCAAGCCAAUGGGAUCCAACACCUCAGAAUUACUCCUCAACGUUAGGAGUAUUUGCAGACAUGGGGAUAACAAGGUUGCUCAGGAGUUAGCAACAGUUCUUGAAAAUCCUCACAUUCAGGCCUUAUUAGAAGCCCAUGAUUUAGUUGCUAUCAAACAGUACCAAAUGCCUGAAAUGUCGGACUCUCCAUCUCCUGAACCCUCUCCAACUGGCACUUUAACAGGAGAUGCUGUUCGAAUGGUUGGAAUUCGUAAAAAUGAUGACGAACCUCUGGGAAUCACUGUUAAAAAUGAUGAAGAAAACUUAGUGAUAGCCAGGAUCCUAGCUGGUGGAAUUAUUGAUAGACAAGGUCUUUUACAUGUGGGUGACAUAAUCAUGGAGGUUAAUGGUGUGGAGGUACACUCACCAGAACAGCUACAAAAACAACUACAGAGAGCAUCUGGAAGUAUCAACUUCAAAAUCAUGUCUGCAUAUCAGGAUUCUAUACCCUCUUCACAUUUCUAUGUUAAAACGCUUUAUUCAUAUGAUCCCAGCAAAGACAGUUUGCUUCCAUGUAAAGAGAUAGGCCUAUCUUUUAAACAAGGUGAAAUACUGCAGAUUCUGAAUCAAGAAGAUCCUAACUGGUGGCAGGCUCGUAAAGUUGGUUCUCUUGGCCUAACUGGACUCGUUCCCUCUCAGGAAUUGGAAGAACGACGACGUGCUUUUGUACGUCCAGAAUAUGACUAUGCCACAAAAUCAACAAUGUGCGGGACAAAGAUUACAAAGAAGAAACGAAAAACCAUGUAUCACACUAAAGGAAAUGCUGAAUAUGACAAAGCAGAACUAACUCUGUAUGAGGAAGUUGCUCGAAUGCCCCCAUUUGAGCGUAAAAGUAUUAUUCUGAUUGGUGCUCAAGGAGUAGGAAGGCGUUCUCUAAAAAACAGGUUGAUAAGUUCUGAUCCCUCGCGCUUCGCUUUCCCCUUGCCUCAUACCUCUCGACCAAAGAGAGAUGGAGAGCAAGAUGGAAAAAGUUAUUUCUUUGUAUCCAGAGAAGCCAUAGAGGCAGAUAUUGCCGAAAACAGGUACUUGGAGUGGGGAGAAUAUGGAGGGCAUAUCUAUGGGACAAAACUUGAUUCCAUUCGUGCAAUUAUUCGUUCAGGAAAGAUGUGUAUAAUGGAUUGCAACCCUCAGUCUCUGAAACUGCUGAAAACACCCGAGUUUAUGCCAUACGUCAUAUUCGUCUCAGCACCUCAUGCCGAACUUUUGAAGCAAAUGCAUUUCUAUGGACGUAACCAUGGCUACACAAGUACCAGGAGUCUUACGUUUGAUCGGGCUAUGGGACGCCACGGAUCUCGUCGAGCAAGGACUCUGGAGAGUUUGGCUUCCCUGUAUGAGGAUGAAGAUCUGAAGAACACCAUUGAAGAGAGCAGUAGACUACAGAGAGCUUAUGAGAAAUACUUUGAUUUAACUUUGGUGAAUAACAACUUUGACAAAACCUAUGAACAGCUCAGAGAAGCCAUUGAUGCACUGAAUACCAGCUAUCAGUGGGUACCAGUAUCAUGGGUUUAUUAGCACGUGUAGUAACUGGAUAUGUUAUCCCUUGUUGGUCUCCAGUUGGAAUAAGUAGUAAUCUCCAUUUCAUUGCCUGGUGAAAAUAAACUUAACUCUUACUGCACAUAGGACUAAAGCAAGACAUGCAAACUUAAAUAAGCCUUUUCAUGUAGUAAAACUAAUUUACCUUUUUCUGUACGUUUUCAGUCUUGUAUUCACUGUUUUUGGAUAUCAUUUCAUUGUUAUCAUUGGCAUUUGAGCUACCCAGACCAGUGAAUAUGGUCAUACUGCUAGCUUACAGCACCUUCCCAUUGUCACAGUGUUGUAAUGUGAUGGAAAGAUGAAUAAUGAUGUAGCUACAUUAUAACCAAGCUGCAGGAAGAGUUAAGUUUGAUAGAUCUAAUCAAAACAGUUAUGCAAGAAAGUUUACCGUUACUGAAGGUUUUAACUUUGAUAAAGAACAUAUUUUUCACGUAUAUACACAUCAGUUUUUGUAAUGUUUGUGAUAAUAUAAUAAUGGUUGUAUUUGUUCAAAUGAUACCCUGUAUGUACAUGUGUAUUCUGUGAUGUGUGAUAUUGUUAGCAAAGAAGUCAUACUAAAUAUCUAUCCAUUUAUUUAAAGCAUUUCGUUUAAAUUCUCAUGUUUGUAACGUUAUUUAUCAUAGUUUGUAAAUCCGUUCUAACAUGUACUUGGAUAAGAUCAUUUACAUUCCCAGCUCUUUUCACUAUCCGUGCUGUUUAUUCUUUUUUCUAAAAUAAUACUAAUUUGCUUUAAAUUAAUAUUGUACAAUUUUUAUUGAUUAAACAAAGCAGUAUUUUUGUAAGGGUUAGAAAAGUGUGAAUGCUGCCAUGAUAUGUAUUUCUUGGCAUUUGCAUGUUAACAGUGUUUUUCAGAUAUUAUUAAGUCGCAAGUAACAUUAAUUGUAAGCCAUGUUUUAUGCAUUCCAUUCAUUAUUUUAACUUGUACUGUAAUUUUCAUUGUCAGUAUACUAGUGUAGCAGAUAUUCUAUGUGUGUAACGUUUCCUAAGUUUAUUUUUCAUAAUUCUUUAGGCCUCUCCAUCUUUUACUUAGCUCUUGUGAUUGAACCCAUAACCAUACAACCUGGUCUUUAACCAUACAACCUGGUUUUGACAAUCUCCAACUUUCUUUUGAUUAACCUUUCAAAAAAUGCUGUCAUUUAUUUUAUGACAAACAUUAACCCAGCUCAAAGUGGUACUUAAAAUUUGAGAAAAAAAUGAAAUGAGUAUGUUUUGGACAGAAAGUACCAUCAAUCUUAUCACAAACCUCUUUAUGUCCUUGUUUGUACAUAUUAUGGUCGAAUCAGAUGUUAUUUUACUCAGUCCAAUAUUGAAAGUUAUUAUUUUGAGUAUGGAAAUAAUGGGGGUAAAAGUGGAAACAUUGUCCCUUCAUCUGCUGCAGAUCCCUUUUUAUUUAAAGUCAGGGUUAUUAUGUCAUUCUAAACAUUUUUAUAUUUUACAUAUCAAUUAAUGUAUUAUCUAUAUCUUUUUUAAUGUGGAAUAAUUUAACAUUUAAAUAGUAUUUCGUAGUACCCUAUUAUUCGGUGUAAAUAAACUAACCCUCAUUUUUCAUUGUUACACAAGCAGUUUGUAUUGUGGGAAAAUCUUGGAUUAUGCACAGUGCUUAGGGUUACUUUUUAAGAGACUUGUUUCGUGUUUGAAUGAAAGCAGUGCUUCAGGAUACUCCAAACAUUUAGCUUCAUUAACGUUUGUGCUACAAACAACUCCUGAUAAACGUAGAAUUUUUCAGCUUUGGGUGGGGCUAGAAGAAAAAUUAUUAUUAGAUAUAAAUAUCGUGUUUACCAGUUAAAACGUUAGGAAAAAAAACAGUAAGUGGAACAAACUAUAAGAAGACGAAAUUAAAAUACUAGUUUCGAUACAUUCUUGUGUCCUCCUCAAUUUUACUUUGUCUUGUGGCAGGAAAACUAGAUGUUCUCUCUAAUUUAAGGUCUUCUGAUAGUUUAUUCCAUUUAUAUGUUGUUUUUUCUUCACUAAUUUGUAUUAGAGUUCUAGGGUUAGACUUUAUUUACUGCAGUGGUUCUGAACGUGGGGCAAUAAGAAAGUUUUCAUUUGGGUGUGAAGAGC